ACCUACGGGGAGGGCUCGGCAGAAGGGGAGGAGCCUCGGGCUCCUUGUGCUGCGAGGGAGGAGCACGGGCAGGGCGGCGGGGCCGUUCACCUGCCCCGGGGCCGGCGGAGUCGCAGCCCGUCCCGCCGCCUCGCGGCUCUGCUCGCGCGGGGCAGCCGGGCUCUUCGUUCCUCGGCGUGCACAGCAAGGAGCCGGGGUCUUUCUCAUCCCUUUGAGCCGUGGGGGGAAAACUCGCAGCCACUCGAGCGCAGCGAUGAAACGCAAAGCGCUGCCCAUUCAAAGCGGCGCUGGUGCCUCCCGCCCUGAUUCCGGCAACCCUUCCCGGGUGUUCAUCUUCAUGAAGCAAAGAAACAUGUGAGGAGAUCCAGUUUAGAGCUGUAGUGUUCACUUCAAGAUGCCCCAAAGGGACAACACUCAUCUGCAAGUCUCAUCUUUCAAAACUGCCUGCAGUUUUUCAAUCGAAGAAAAAUGUUUUUUGAGAAACAUGACUUGUGAAAUCUGUGAACAAAGCUGGCUUUGCAAGGAUACUGAAUGAAAGACAACAUGCCGUACAACAGACGGUUAUUUUGAAGGGGUGAUACUGUGAUCUUUAAAACACAGGCACUGUAAAACACUGAUCCUGAAGAAGAAUAAGGAUUAUAGAAACUGCAUCAGAAUGUUUGUUAGUUCCAGAAGAGUCAGAAAAUGCCAUUUUUUGCAGAUAUUUGCCACUUGCUUCAUACUGUGUGUCAUGAUUUUUUGGGCCCCAUAUGAUAAUCAGAUUGUGAGCCAUAUGAAGUCCUAUUCAUACAGAUACCUCAUAAACAGCUACCAUUUUGUGAAUGACAGUCUAUCUAUCAACAGGGAUAACUUGAACAGAGUAUCAAGCUACCAGUACUUGAUCAACCACAGAGAGAAGUGUCAGCAGCAGGAUGUCCUUCUCCUGUUGUUUGUGAAGACUUCUCCCGAAAACCGUCAUCGGAGGGAUGCAAUUAGGCAGACUUGGGGUAAUGAGAAGUAUGUUCAUUCUCAACUUAAUGCCAAUAUUAAAACUCUUUUUGCUUUAGGACAACCAGCAGAUCAUUGGAAGCAAACUCAGCUGCAAAGAGAACUUCAGCUGGAAGACCAGAAAUACAAUGAUUUAAUUCAGCAAGACUUCUUGGAUACUUUUCACAAUCUUACUCUUAAAUUGCUUUUGCAGUUUAGCUGGGUGAAUGCCUACUGUCCUCAUGCCAGGUUCAUUAUGUCUGCAGAUGAUGAUAUAUUUAUCCAUAUGCCAAAUCUUGUUGCUUAUCUCCAAAGUCUAGCACAAAUGGGUGUUCAAGAUCUCUGGAUUGGUCGUGUCCAUCGUGGAUCCCCUCCCAUAAGAGACAAGAGUAGCAAAUACUAUGUUCCAUAUGAAAUGUAUCAGUGGCUCUCUUAUCCCGACUACACAGCAGGAGCUGCAUAUGUAAUAUCAAAUGAUGUAGCUGCUAAAGUAUAUGAGGCUUCAUUGACUCUCAAUACAAGUCUUUAUAUAGAUGAUGUUUUCAUGGGUCUCUGUGCCAAUAAAAUGGGAAUUGUACCACAAUAUCAUGUAUUUUUUUCUGGGGAAGGAAAGGCUCCAUAUCAUCCCUGCAUUUAUAACAAAAUGAUGACAUCUCACGGACACGUAGAUGAUCUUCACCAGCUCUGGAAGCAGGCUACAGAUCCCAAAGUUAAAAAGUUUUCUUCAGGGAUUUGGGGUAGAAUUUACUGCAGACUAGUCAAUAUUGUGCUUCUCUGUAAGCUAUACUAUGUGGACACAUAUCCUUGUUCAGCUGCAUUUUCUUAAUACUUGAAUAUCUGCGUUGAAGAUCCACUGAGCCAAAAUGGAGCAACAACUUUUUAGCUGUUUAUUCAAAAUAUAUGUAAACACGGAAAGAGGUAAAACAUAAAUGUGAAUUGUUGGGGGCGGGGAGGGAGGGAAAGGUGGUCCCAAAUUCUGUUCAGAAACUCUAAUUGGAAUAGCUCUCUUAUUGUAAUGCAACUUUUUAUGUUGUAGGCUGUUUACACUCUUCAGGGGGUGCAAGACUUGAUUAAAUGAACUGUAAUGGACUUGACUUCUAGACUUUGAACUGCUUGGUGGAAACAUCUGUGACUUCAAACUUGUCAGCAAGUCUUAAGGUUUUUUUCUUUUUAAAAGCUAGGUGAACUAAGGCACAUGAUAACAAAAAUCUGCUAUAUCAAAAUGGAGUAGACCUUUCAAAACAGGAGGAAAACGGAACUUCUGACUUGACAACUGAGACUAUUGCAGUAGUUUAAGGCAAUGUAAAUUGAUUACAAGUAGUCACCGUUUCUCAGUGCUUCAUAGAAAGUAAUUCUGGACCUUCAAAUUGACAAACAGUGAGUGUUGGAAGUAAAAUCUUGCUACAGUCUUUUUCUCAAAGCUUCUUAAAACUUUCAAACAGGGAAGCAGUGUUUUGAGUGCCCUCUGACUUGGUUGUUUUAAGUAACAAAGCAGCUCUCUGUAGAUCAGGACCGAACUUGAUAAUCAAAUAUUACUCAUGUAACUGGUUUUGCUAAUGUUUCUCUGCUUGCUGCAAACUGAAGCAGUAUAUUUAAACAGGCCAAUCUUUCAUAAGCAAAUAAGCUAAAUGAGUUUCCUUUUAACGUUUCUGCUUUCUAGUAUUCAUGACUCUGAAAGUGAAAUGCAAGCAGAAGUCCCUGAGAAUGUCACUUAUAGCUAAUCUGAAGCUGUUAAAGACUAAAAAGGAAAUUUUCACGCUUGUACAAACAAAGAGGGAGGGUAUUUUCUGCAUAAAGUUUGACUUCACAGUGAAGGCAAAGGGAGAUGGUGAUCCACAGAAGCUCAGUACACAACUGAAAAUUGCUAAAAUGUUUCUCCUGAUGUCUUAAGCACGAGAUUGUCCCUAAAAUUGCAGGUAAACCCCUGUAUCUUGAGUAUAUUUGAAUAUGUUAACAUUACUUGUAGGAGGAACAAAACACCCGUGCAUUGUAAAAUGAGAUGCUCAAACUCAAACCAUCAAACUGUACUGUAGUGCCAUAUAAAUAUUGCAGAGAACCGAAGUUCUAGGAUGUCUGCUGUCAUUUCUUGUGUGGCUCACUAACAGUGUUUUCACAGACUCUCAGGAUGGAUAUUUUAGUUGCUAAUUGCCAAAUCUGUGGUAGCUUUUCCUGUAGUGGACACACAGCCCACAUGAGGUAUAGUCAAGGUAUUGCUUGUGAACUGAUUGGAUGCUGGAACAAGUUCUAGUGCUGAUAGUGUCAGAAAACUACUUCUGAAAGCGUGAAUGAGACGAGUUUAUCAGCAGAGCAGUAACAAUGCAAAAGAUCACAAAUUAUCAAGCAUUUCUUGGAAAUGUGUUAAUGACAGGAACAAUACUACUUGCUUUCUGUCUAAGUGUAGCCUUUUUCUUCUGCCUGAAAUUUCUUGAUUUGUGGAGCAGUGAAGUACUUCACCUGUGUCUUCUGACUUGGCUGUAGAACAGCUAUACAGGAUUUGGCAGUUUUAAGCUACAAGUAGUAAAUUUUUGUUUAAAUAAUUGCUGCUGCUCUUGGAGCUGUGCUGCAGGUUUUAAAAUGCAGUUUUAAAUGGUUAAUGGAAUAUGUUCACGUAGACAGAAUCCAGGAGUGAGCUUGCUGUUAUGUAAGCUGCUGUUUCAGGUGGAUGGUAGGUAGCUACUGGAAUUAAGUGACAUACGUAACUUUCUAUAAUCGGUUUUCCAGAAGGACUAGAACAAGAAUCCUGGCUGGACCCAAAUGCUGAGUAUAUAAAUAGGACCUUCAAAUAAGUCAUCUAUUGGUGUCAGAAGGAUUGAAAAAUGUAACAGCUAUACUUAAGGCAAGAACAAGAACUGGAUUUAUUCUUUCUAAACAGAUUGAUUAUAGUACUGAGGAUGUGUGUGUUUUAAAAGAAAAAAAAAACAACACAAGACAGUCCUAGAUAUAUAAACCCUGUUUGCUUACAGAGAAAUAAAUGCACACAUAGAUAAAGUAGUAUUGUGUACUAAAGGAAAGAUGCUUCAUCAGCUCUGACCUGUUGAGAGCCAUUUAAAUCAACAAGCUGCACAGCAAAACUGCACUACUAGAAAAAUCCACGCUGUUCACUGUAGGGGAAGAUGGUCUUCAUACACAGUAUGCAACCAAAACGUACUAUUAAGACUACAGUUUUUUCCACCAUAACUAAUGAGUUGAGAUUUAUUGCUUUCACUUACUCAAGCAAAGGUUUAAAGUAGCUUAAACUUCUAGAGAUUAAGCUAAUGUCUAAAAUGCUACUUAAAUCUAGUUUGCUGUUAUCUGAAAGUCGCUUUUGACCAUUGAGAUACUUUGUUUUACAGCUGAUUUGAGUUUUGUUUGGAUUAUUUCUUAAUCUUAAAAGGGCCUUGAUGUUUGUAGCAUGCAUUUUCUUUUGCUGCAGUGAAAAGAAGUUGCUUGCUGAAUGAAAAGGAAAGCAUGAAGGCACUCCUUUCAAAAGAAAUGGAGACGCUAGAGAACUUCUUUUCUAGUUCUGAACACUGAUUUAAGAUUUGUACACCUUUACCUGGAACCUUUUUAAUAAUACUCUUGGUGCUCCAAUGCAGGGCUGUCAGAUUUUACUGUUAUGAAUAAAACUGUAUCAGCCUGAAUGGUCACUCCUCAUUCAGAGUUUGACAUUGCACAGCAUAUUUAAUGAUAAAGUUGUUUUUACCUGUUUGUUUGGUUUGCAUCAGUUUCUCUUUGAUAUUACUAAUUUUUUAUACAAAGUAUUCAAUAUUUAUUCUUAAACUUUGCGCUGUACCACAAAUAUAAUUGUUUUGUAAAAUUUGUUUUGAAUAAACAGACUUAUUUCUUUUAAAAAAACAAACAAAACAACACAACAAAGGUAAAUAUCUAUUGGUGCUUUCUUUGUAACUGACAGGCUCGUCUCUGAUACUUUUAAAUACUAUUCUGAGUUCCCUCUUAGGAGAGGGCUUUAAACUGCUCCCCUGCCCUGUCCCCGUCUCUUGCUUCCUUUCCAUUCUACCUUGAACUAAAUCUUUUGUGGAACAAAAGGCAAAAUUGGUUGUUCCCCAAGGAGACAGCUCAAAAAUUUGUUAACCAAGCUUUUAGGUCUAAAUUUGUGUAAAACUGCUAGAUAUUUGAAGCUUAACCUGUUGUUAAAAGUCCAAAUUUGUAUGUUCAAGAAGCAUAUCUAUCUAAAAUUCUAUUUCAGAUCACAGUUCGCAUGUAUUAAAAACUAGCUGAUGGUUUGAAGAUCAGUCAUGCUCUUUCCAUAGGACAUAAUUAAAUUCAGAUAGUAGCAAGUUGCAUUUUUGUAUGUGUCUCCAAUUUGUCUAGCAUAACCUAUCAAGCUAGUUGUUUUUAGAAAUUUAGUGUUUUACAUCAAAUAACUUCAGUGUAUACCUGUGUGAGAUAGAGGCAUGACAUAAAUAUAAAUUAUCUAAAUCAUACUGAAGAAGAGAACAAAGGAAGUCAGUGAGGAUUGUGAGGGUUGGCUUCUUGCAGAGUGUGUUUUGUGGGGUUUUUUUAUGUUUUCUUUUAUUUAUGGUGUGUGGGUUUUCUUUCUUCUAAUUGCUCCCUUUGGCCUAGAAACACUGCAGUUCACCUAAAUUAAACUGGGUUUGCAUGGUACUUUUUGUUAAACUAAAUGACUGAAGUAAUUGAUGUUUUAGAAUACGUCAUUAAUAAUCUCUUUCUCAAGACUUUGCAGAAAGAGAGAAAGGAUUAUUGCUUGCAUUUAAAAGAUUGGAAGGUUUUCAGAGACAUGUAGUCAAAUAUCCUGAACACAAUGAGAUGAUCUGUUAUAUUGCUUUUUGUAAAUACAUGCAAGGCUCAUUUUAAUGACAUUUUUUUCUCAUAUCAUGUAAUUAAUACUAAGGAAAAAAAAAAUGGAAAAAAACCCCAGAAGCCUCCAACCCAAACCAAAAGAUAAAUCUUACUUGCUUUUCCAUCUGAUGGACUGUAUAUAAACACAUCGUUAUAAGCCUUUCAAUGAUUCAAUUGUAUCUAGAUAUUUAUUAAUCGUAGUGAAUUUCAAAGAGGUCAUAGGGGAUGCGCUAU